AGUCAGACGGGGCAAGAUGGCGGCGAUGCGGGCGAUUCGGGGGAUGGUGAACGGCGCCGUCUCGGAGCUGAGCGGCGGAGGGGCGACACGGGAACAGGCGGCCGCCGGCACCCGCGAUUACAUCUCUCAGCCCCGCCUCACAUAUAAAACAGUAUCUGGAGUUAAUGGGCCGCUAGUAAUCUUGGAUCAAGUGAAGUUUCCCAGGUAUGCAGAGAUUGUGCAUUUGACAUUACCUGAUGGAACAAAGAGAAGUGGACAGGUCCUAGAAGUCAGUGGAUCCAAAGCUGUAGUUCAGGUGUUUGAAGGAACUUCAGGAAUCGAUGCUAAGAGAACAUCUUGUGAAUUCACUGGGGAUAUCCUUCGAACCCCGGUGUCUGAAGAUAUGCUUGGGCGUGUGUUUAAUGGAUCAGGGAAACCCAUAGACAGAGGUCCUGCAGUCUUGGCUGAAGACUACCUUGAUAUCAUGGGUCAACCUAUCAAUCCUCAGUGUCGAAUCUACCCAGAAGAAAUGAUUCAGACUGGCAUUUCUGCUAUCGACGGUAUGAACAGUAUUGCCAGAGGCCAGAAGAUUCCCAUUUUCUCUGCUGCUGGAUUGCCACAUAACGAGAUAGCAGCUCAGAUCUGUCGUCAGGCAGGCUUAGUGAAGAAAUCCAAAGACGUGGUGGACUACAGCGCUGAGAACUUCGCCAUUGUAUUUGCUGCGAUGGGAGUGAACAUGGAAACAGCCCGAUUUUUCAAGUCCGACUUUGAAGAAAAUGGAUCCAUGGACAACGUGUGCCUGUUCUUGAACUUGGCUAAUGAUCCAACCAUUGAGCGGAUAAUCACUCCUCGUCUUGCGUUGACCACAGCAGAGUUCUUGGCCUAUCAGUGUGAGAAGCAUGUAUUGGUCAUUCUGACAGAUAUGAGUUCCUACGCAGAAGCUCUGAGAGAGGUCUCAGCUGCCAGAGAAGAAGUCCCAGGCCGGCGUGGUUUUCCUGGUUACAUGUACACAGAUUUGGCCACAAUCUAUGAACGAGCUGGACGAGUAGAAGGCAGGAGUGGGUCCAUCACACAGAUUCCCAUUCUUACGAUGCCCAAUGAUGACAUAACACAUCCUAUUCCUGAUUUGACGGGAUACAUUACCGAAGGUCAAAUCUAUGUAGACAGACAGCUGCACAACCGACAGAUUUACCCACCCAUCAAUGUACUUCCCUCUUUGUCUCGAUUGAUGAAAUCUGCUAUUGGUGAGGGAAUGACCAGAAAGGAUCAUGCUGAAGUUUCAAACCAGCUGUAUGCCUGCUACGCCAUUGGGAAGGAUGUCCAAGCCAUGAAGGCUGUGGUAGGAGAAGAAGCACUUACUUCCGACGAUCUUCUCUACCUUGAAUUUCUGCAGAAGUUUGAGAGGAACUUCAUUGCUCAGGGCCCCUAUGAAAACCGCACUGUUUAUGAAACUCUGGACAUUGGAUGGCAGCUGCUACGUAUUUUCCCCAAGGAGAUGCUGAAGAGAAUCCCCCAGAGCACCUUGGCAGAAUUCUAUCCCCGAGACUCCACCGCAAAGCAUUAGCUUGCACCUUGAGCUCCCCAAAAUACUGGAUUUUUUUUCUUCCCUUGUGUUGGUGUUUACUUGUCAGCCCUGUAAUUAAACCAAGAAUAAGUGA